AUGCUCGAGAUCAGCACGAACGUUGUGAUUGCAACGUACGACAGCGCGGGUAGGUUCGACUGGUGGUGCGGACGCGUGCAGCAGAUGCUCUGCAAGUCGGGCGGCAAGAGGGGGAGCUACGUGCGGACCUAUCUCCCCGUGCCGUUCGACGAGGCUAAGGCAGUCAACUAUAAGAUCCACUGCAACUUCUACGCCAAGUCAGGCGCGGACGGCGUCUACACCUUCAAGUACAACGUCGACGAUUCCGCCCCAUACCACAUGGAGUCGGUGCUCGGCCUCCUCGACCUCAACCUCCCCUCCGACGAAGGAGCCUACGGCGGGACGCUUGGAAUCUCUGUCGACCCCAACAACCACCAAAUUACCAACGUGGUCGAGGGAGGCGCUGGCGACACCGCCGGUCUUUGCGUGGGCGACUUCAUCGCCGAGGUCAACGGUAAGUCGACGACCGGCGGCUCCUUUGGCAAGCUGCUGCCUGCUGCAGCGAUGGCGGAGAUUAGGCUGCGGCUCAUCCGAGACCAGGCGUGCCCGCGCGCCGCGGGGGCUCUGUAG